UUUCCCACCCAAACGUUAGUUUUCCGAUUUCCCAUAUCCCGCCAUCACGUCCAGCCCUAAUUCCCAAGUUCCAAGUUUCCUCUUUUUCUCACCCACAGGCCAUGGUGAUUAGGGUUUGGUGAAGAACUUCUUCAAUGGCCCUAACCUGGAGGCACCAUACGCUUAUCCAGUCCCUGCUCUCCAGGCCCCCCUUACCGGAGUCUGAGUUCUAUUCCAUCUUCUCCGGCGUCACUGGGAAGAAUCCCUCUACUCAUCGGGAUUUGUUCAAUGAUUUCCUUCUCAAGAUCAAUAAAGAGCUUGCUUAUGUGCAAUUUGAGCUGAGAGGUUGCAGGAAUCAAUAUGAUGGGAGGGUGUAUUAUGGUGUGGUGAACAAUGUCGCCGAUGAGCAAUCGAAGCUUGGAACGAGGUAUUCAGUUCCUCAGAUUGCUUUCUGUAAGGCUGUGAUUGAAGCUAUUGUACAAGAUAUAUCUUCCCAGGGUCGCAUAACCAACAUCGAGGCUCUCAAUAUACGUCUUGAUAAUCAGGCUGUGCAGGGUUCAGAGAAUAGUCAAUCUCGUAUUCCUCCAGCACUUAAAAAUUUCUCAAUUUCUCAAAAAGAGAAGACACUCGAUGAUCUUAUACAAGAUCAAUGGCUUUGCUGUACCUCAGAUGGCAAAAUUGGUCUUGGUGUUAGAUCUUUUCUUGAUCUUCGGGGCUGGUUUCGAAGUAAUAGUGUUCCUGCAUGUGAUGUGUGUAAUGAAGCUGGGGUGAAGGCCACUACAUGCUCCAAUGAAGAUUGCACUGUCCGAAUUCAUGAUUACUGCUUAAAGAAGAAGUUUUCACAGCAAAAGGCUGCUAGAGUUUGCCCUGGUUGUGGCACUGAAUGGAACUUUUCUGGUUGUGAUGUGGAUCCUGAAGAAGCAGUUGUGAUGGAGCAAACACAAGUACCUUCCAGUAAUCCUUCCUCUGGAAAAAGGCUUAGAAGCUGUAAGAGAGAAGCAGCUCAAGCGAGAAAUGAAGAACCUGUUGAUCCUGUGCCAAGGAAGAGGCUAAGAAGCUGCAAAGCUGAAGCCGUUGAACCUACUCAAGUUCAAAGCCAAGAACCGUCUGUUCCUGUACUAAGGAAGAAACACCAGCCUGAAGCUGUGUUGAAUGCUGAAGCUGGGCCCUCUCAGCCUUCUUUUCCCUCAGCUGAUGUGAGGAGAACUCUCCGAUCCAGAAGAACAUAGUUAUCUUAUGGAUGUGCAUGUCCAUCGCUAGUACCUCGAAAUCAUUUUGAUCAUAAUCAACCGUAAGUCUGUAGUAUAUAUCAGUACCAAAGUAAAGUUGUAAAUGUGACUAACAUCAUGUUAUAGCAGGAUAUGCAGCAGUUUACUUAUGUGUUUUGUUGUCAGUAUUUUGAGAUAAGUAGUAAGUGCAGAUGCAUGGUAUUGAACAUUAAUUCCCUGUGCCA